AAUAUAUAUAUAUAUAUAUAUAUAUAUAAAGUUCGUUCUGUGUGUUGCGUUCGAGAUUAACAAAAAGAAAAUUACAAAAUGUGGCGCUUGCUUUUGGCACUUUUGCUCGUGAGUUCGGUGUGCUGUGAAUCGGAACUAUUUCGUGAUGACCUGAGGACCCCGGAAACGAUGGCCUACAUCAAUGGACUGAUGCAGCGGCGGCAUCAGAUGCAACAGGAGGCGCAGCAGCACAUUCAGGCGAUACCGCCUGCGGUGCCCCUUCAAUCGCCCGGCCUUGUGAACGGCCUUGGCAACCAGAAUGACCCUGCGUUGAAUCGCAUAUCCGGCACUUCGGUGAAACCUUCCAACCUUCCGGCUGCCUACUCCAACGGCUAUGUGGAUCUGGCCACCUCUGAUCGGAUUGCGAACAGUGUGCUGAACUUUGCCAACAUUCUGGGCCAGCAUUUGGCCAACGGUAAAACCCAGAUAUACUCUCCCCUGAGCAUUGUACACUCGCUGGCUCUGCUGCUCCUGGGCGCCAAGGGUCGCAGUUACGAGGAGUUGUCCACGGUCUUCGAUAUUCCGGACACGUCCAGGCUGCACGAACAGUUCGGCCUGAUGCUGCAGGAUCUGCAACAGCCCACCAGGGAGGCGAUCUCCGCAGGACGACCGCUGACCGAUUGGCGGGCGAGCAGCGCGAUGAGAUCCAAUCGACGGGCCCAGCGACCCGGUGCUCAUGAGGUGCACCUGGCCAAUGGACUGUUCACACAGACCGGCUACACACUCAAUCCCGACUACAGACGGGUGAUCGUCGAGGUCUACGCCUCGGAUCUGCAGAUUCAGGAUUUCGAGGGCAGUCCGGCGACAGCACGAUACAAUAUCAAUGCUUAUGUGGCGCAGCACACAAAGAAUCACAUCGAGAACAUCAUCGCCAGCGAUAUUCCGCAGACCACCAGGAUGAUUCUGGCCAACGCAUUGUACUUUAAGGCAUUCUGGGAAACGGACUUUAUAGAGUCAGCCACACGUCCGGAUAACUUCUAUCCGAAUGGCGAGGGAACGGAGCCGGUGAUGAGGGUGCAGAUGAUGGCCACCGGUGGUGCAUAUCCGUAUCACGAGGAUCACGAGCUGGGCUGCAAGAUCAUUGGACUGCCGUACAGGGGAAAUCUGAGCACCAUGUACAUCAUCCAGCCGUUUAAGUCGUCGGUGAGGGAGCUAAUGGCACUGCAGAAACGUCUGACGGCGGAUAAGAUCGAGAGCAUGAUCAGCCGAAUGUACAGACGGGCCGCUCUGGUGGCAUUCCCAAAGAUGCAUCUUACGGAGUCGGUGAACUUGAAGACAGUCAUGCAGCGAAUGGGGCUGGGCGGCAUCUUUAGCGCGGUGCAGAAUGAUCUCUCGCUCAUCGCCACCAACGAGGCCACGAGGACGAAUGCGCUGGGCGGCAACAGCCUGCAGAAUCUGGAGGCACAGCGCAGAGCCGGAACGGGUGGAGCACGUUCCGAUCUGGUGGUGGAUGACAUUGUUCACAAAGUGGACUUCACCGUCAACGAGCAGGGCACGGAGGCGGCGGCGUCUUCGGUCACAUACCUCAAGAAAUCCGGUCCCGAUGUCCUCUUCCGCGGAGACACUCCAUUCAUGGUCCUUGUGCGCCACGAUCCCACGAAACUGGUGCUCUUCUACGGACUCAUAAAUGAGCCCCCGGCGGCCGCUUAGUUUCUAGGAUCAUAAGUUAUUAAGCUUUAGCACCUAAGUUCGUUGACUUUAUAGUUAGGAAACUAAUAAAUCAUUCACAAUGAUGAAAAAUAAAUUAAAACGU